AUGGAUCUUCAAAAUCAACAUACAAGAACGUAUGAUGACUACAGUGUCGCCGUAGUCUGCGCCAUGGCAUUUGAAAUGAGUGCUUUUCGCUACAUGCUCGAUCAAGAACACCCUCGUCUGCGCACCAAGGAAGGGGAUCCUAAUAUGUAUACCCUGGGCGAGCUCCACGGCCACAAUGUCGUGCUGGCGUCUCUUCCUGGAACUCAAGGCAAAGGGUCUGCCGCGACUGUGGCUACCAAUCUGGCCCGCACCUUUCCUUGCAUCAAGUGGAGAUUCCUUGUCGGCAUCGGUGGAGGAGUUCCAACCAAGAAGCACGACAUUCGCCUAGGCGAUGUAGUCGUGAGCAUGCCUGAAGGGCAAUAUGGGGGCGUCGUACAGUAUGACUUGGGAAGAGACAUCGAGAACGGCUUCCGCCUCAAAGGGUUUCUGAUGGCACCGCCGAGUUCGCUUAGGAGUGCUGUGGAGACAAUGAGGUCGGAUCUCAUGAUCAAGGAGAAUAAGAUUGACGGGUUUAUCUCUGCGAUGAUGAAGAAGGGGCGUGGCCUUGUUACCUAUGCAAGGCCCUCGGACGAAGCGGACAUCUUGUUUGAAGCAGGAUACUCUCACGAAUCCAGUAUGUCCUCGUGCGACCAAUGCGAUCGCUCAAGAAGCGCUGAAAGACCAGCACGCGACUUUGACGGUCCGGAAAUACACUAUGGACUAAUUGCCUCAGGGGAUAGCGUCGUCAAGAAUACAGCAAGAAGGAAUGCGAUUGUUCGUGAGGUUGGCAACGUUCUCUGUUUCGAGAUGGAGGCCGCUGGGAUGAUGACUGAAUUUUCUUGCAUUGUUAUUCGCGGCAUUUCCGACUACGCAGACUCUCACAAGAACGAUCACUGGCGUUACUAUGCGGCGGCAACUGCUGCCGCAUGCGCUAAAGAGCUGCUUUCAUAUCUCGACCCCGACGACGUCGAGUCGGCUCAGCCGGGUUCGGCGCUUCCACCUGACCAUGGAUCUCGAGCCAGCAAUGUUUUCCAUGGAACUGGGAUUCAGCAUACAGGUUCUGGGAAUUUUUCUGUUGGCAAGAAUUUGAACAUCUCUUGA